GUGUGACGCCAAGUGGCAUUGCCAGUGCGGCCAGGACAGCAUCACGCAGCCUUGACAAGAAGUUUCUGAAAGCUUCCCAGGCAGCUGCAUGCAGCCAAAGAGACUGAAACACACCUACUUGGGAGUUGCUGCCCAGCUGAAAGCUGCAGUCUAGAUGGGCAGAAGGAAGCUCUUCAACCACGCUGCCAGCGUGUCAUCUGUUUGACAUAGUAGUCAGGGAAGUGGAAGACAGUGAAGUUAGGAAGGAUUGAAAUCCUCCCAGAAAGAAUGAAAAGCAGCUUUUUCAGAACCAUGCUGCAGUAUUUUAUUGACGAGCAAAUGACUAGAGAUACAAAUCCGGAAGUUGCUGCAAGAUGUGAAUUGUAUUUCUCUUCAUUUGCUACCUGGACCCUAAUAGCUUAAUCAUUUCAUUAGGUAGUUUUCACUCUCCUAGGAACUGGCAAUGAACUUUCCAGUUUGUGUGUCAUUAUGAUGAAACAGUGUUCCUUCAUUUGCAUUCCUGUUCCAGUGACACCUGUUAACUUUUACUGUUGCCCACUUUGAAAAGGCAUUGCCCAUGGCAACUAAGAGAUGGAUUGGCCUGAAGAGGAAAUGUAAUAAGUAGUUAAAAAAAAGUAAUUAGCAUUAAUUUUGUUCUGUAGCAUCAUCCUUGAUUGUUAUUUAUAAAGCGAAAAACAUUUCAUUUUCUUGGUCACUUAAAAGCUAAGCAAGACAGCAUUGAGAUGUUAAAGUUGUAGGACUAUAAUUCCUGCAUUUGAACUGACUUCUUGUGCUUCAUUUCUGAAUUGAAUAACUUCACAGUUAAUAGGAUUACACCAUUAUUCCAAGUACAAGAACAGGCAAGUCUCACAGGAGCAAGCAAGCCAGGAAAAGGAUAUUAAAAAAAAAAAAAUUGCAUGGAUCAAAACAAGGCUCUCUUGUGAGCUCCUCACCUCAAGGGCCUACAUUCUACAGAACCAACUCCAGUUUCCAGCCAGCUGCGUAUAGCACUGAAGGAAAAUGAACAUACUGAACAGCCACCACUCCAUGUGCUUUCUGCCUACCAUACGCCUUGUCAUCUUACUAGCAGCUCUGACAACUGCUGAGGAUGUGACUAAUAGCACUUUCAACCGCACUGGCACAAACACAGGAUCUGUGCCUGUGGUCAUCUCCCACAUCGACCACAUCAUAGUCAAGGAGGGGUGUAGUGCCUUGAUUGACUGCAAUGUCCAAGGUAGUCCUAGUCCACAUUACAGAUGGUACAAUUCCAACGGCCGCCUGCUCCAAGAGGAAGAGAAUAAAGGAAAAUGGUGGUUUCUUGACAAUGGGCUCCUAAACAUUACCAGCGUGUCUUUUGAAGACAGAGGUAAAUACACGUGUGUCGCAUCUAAUAUGUAUGGCAGUGUUAACAAUACUGUGACUCUGAGGGUUGUCUUUACUUCUGGAGAUAUGGGAAUCUACUACAUGAUUGUCUGCCUUGUAGCUUUCACCAUUGUUAUGAUAUUGAACAUUACGCGGUUGUGUAUGAUGAGCAGUCACCUGAAGAAAACAGAGAAAGCAAUCAACGAAUUCUUCAGAACAGAAGGAGCAGAGAAACUCCAGAAAGCCUUUGAGAUUGCAAAACGUAUCCCAAUUAUCACUUCAGCCAAAACGCUCGAGCUUGCCAAAGUAACACAGUUCAAGACCAUGGAAUUUGCUCGCUAUAUCGAAGAGCUUGCUCGGAGUGUGCCUUUGCCACCUCUCAUCAUGAACUGCAGGACUAUAAUGGAAGAAAUUAUGGAGGUUGUUGGUCUGGAGGAGCAAGGACAGAAUUUUGUACGGCAGACAGCAGAAGGCCAGGAAACCACUGAAACAGAUGAGCUCUAUACGAUCCCGAAUGCUUUGAAGCGCAGUGACUCUCCCACAGCUGACUCUGAUGCAUCAUCACUGCAUGAGCCACCUCAACAGAUUGCAAUAAAAGUGUCGGUUCACCCACUGUCCAAAAAGGACUGCAUGGAUGGUCAGUCACAGGAAAGUGUGCAGUUGGACACCAAGGAAGAAGACCUUCCUCAAACACCAGCACUUCCAGCAGAGCCCUCUCCUGAGCCUUCUGCCGAACUGAGUUCUGAUGACACAGCACUGGCAAAUGACACGUGUGUUAUAUAUGAAAGCCAUGUAUGAUAGUUAUUCCUGAAUCUAUGCAUAGCAGGAAAAUCAGGUGGAGCUCUUUUAAAAAUACAUAUUGUACUUGCCGCUAAGCCUUACCAGGAGACUAUCAUAGCAAAGCAUGCGUGUGGAUUAUUGGCACUUUCUUCUCGGUUUGACUUUAAUUUAUCAUGAUGUAUGGCAGAGUAAUUGCUAAUACAUUAAUACUGUUUGCUCUUUUGGAUUAGGAGUAUUUCCAAGAAACAUUUACCUCAGCGUUUUCUAGGCUGGAGUCACCUGUAGUGGCCACCUGGAAGUCACUGGUAGUAUUUGAUGCAGGACACUUGAACUUAUUGAACACGAAACUGGUUUUCAUUUUCCUCCUUCACAGUCAUUAUUUUCCAUUAUUUUGCAAAUACUGGCUUGUGAAUUUGAAUGCCCAAGAGGCAACGCUCCAGUAGCCAAAUAAAAUCCUAAUAGAUUACUUUUACAAAGCCUGUUUGCUGAGCUGCAUUGUGAUUGAGAAGGCCAUUAAAGAAAGUUAAAAUGUUUCCAUUUCAUUUGAGACCAGCUUGCUUAGGCACAAGGGAAAUAGUUUUCCCUUUUCCACGGAAUGAAGAUGCCAAUGAGUGGGUGGGGUAUUUUUUUUUUUUCUUGU